AUGCAUGGCUUAAGCUUUGAGACAAGCAUAUGCUACUGGCAGGAUCAACCAGGUAGCCGCCACCCGAGCGGCGCCGCCCGCCGCCGCCCCGACGACGGCGGCGGCCCCCGCCGGGCCCCGCGGCCCGGCCGACUGGGCGGCGCCUGGGCGGGGAAGGCGCCGCGCGCGCGCGGCGGGAACCCGCGCGCGGCGACGGCCGACCCCGGCGGCCGGCCCUUCCCGCGCCGCCGCGGGCAAGGAGCCGGGACCGCUGCGCAGCUUUCGCGUCAGGCGGCCUCCCGCGGGCUCGCCUUCCUUUCCCUCGCGCGGCCGCGCGCGCACCACGCCGCCGGCCGCGGCUCGGCUGGGGCUGACCCGCCCCCGAAGCCGGCCCGGCCGGCCGGCCGGCGGCUCGGCCGCGCGGCACCACCGGACGUGCUAGAGGAGACGGCGACCCGACGAGGCGGGCGCGGCCCGGUCCCCGAGGCCCCUUCGGCCGGGGCGGCUCGCUCGGCAGCGGGCGGCGGCGCGGCGACCCGCUGCGCUCUCCGGCGCUACCUGCGGGCGGGGGGCGCUUCCCCCCGAGCCUUUUUCUUUCCUCCCUUUUCUCUCUCGCCUCUCUCUGGCUCGCCGUCGCGGCUCCGGCCGCACCGCCGCCCGGCGCUGCUCGCGGCCGGCACCCACGGGCGCCACCCGGACCCAGGCCGGCACCGGCACCUCGCCUGUUUUUACCCAAGGACACCUGAAAAGCUCGCGGGGCCGCGCGGCCGUCACACAGCUCGGUACGGUGAAGAAGCCCCUCCCCGGCGGGAGGGGCGACACCUCGCCUGCCACGGGAAGCCCACGGGCAGAGGAGACCGCCCGGCCCGAACACCGGCCUCCGCCGCGCCUCUCGGCCGGCCACGGAGGAGCGCCGGCCCGCCGGGGGCCCUCUCCCACGCCUCCCGAAAAGCCUCAUCCAUCGUCACUCGGGGAACGGCCCCACGGCCACUCUCGCUCAGCCUGCCACUACGCGGAGGACGGCACGUGCCCCAGGCCGCCGACGCCGGCGGCCCGCACGCUACUCUCCACGGCUCUCUCCCGGCCCGGCAGGAGGCGGGUGCCGCCGGACGCCCGGCUCCGGACAACCCACGCUUCCGGCCCCGCCGGGCCCACGGCCGCCCCCCGCAGAGCGGCACCUCCAGCGUGCGAAAGCGCCACCGAACGUGCCGCGGGGCCACCGGCUUUCGCCCGCCUCGCGGCCGUCGGCUUCCCCCAGAAAGGCCGGGGGACGGCGACGGGGAGAAAAACAAAAAGCCCCCGAGAAAAAAGCACGCGCGCCUCUCGCUCGCCGUGCUAGCCACGGCCGCCCGGGGCUCGGGGCGGGGCCCGCGCCCCUCGCUCCCCGAUUCCCUCUCGCUGCCCACGGGCUCGCGCCUCGGCGGCGGCCGGCCGCUGCCGGGCCGCUCUCGCGCUCUCACGCCGCCGGAGCAAAAAUCAGAAAAACGGAAAAAAAAAGGCCGGGAGGGCGCCCCACUUCGCCCGCAACCCGGCCCCCGGCCGACAGACCUUCGCGGAACCCAGCCCUCCGGCAGCCAGGCCGGCGGGGCAGGCCCGACCGCACGGGCCGCCCGGCCGCCGUGGCUCUCGCGCCGGCCUAAGAGGAGGGAGGGGCGAGGCGCCGCCGCCUCGCCCGCCAACGGCCAUCGUGCGUCCCCAGGGCUCCCCGGCGACUCUGUCGGGUUCUCGGUCUGCCGGCGCGGCCGCCGGCCACAGCCUGGCCGGCCGGCGCCGCCGCCUUCGGCCCGCUGGGCGGGUCCCCGGCUUAGGGCCGAGGAAGGGGGAACGAACAAAAGAGCCGAGGCGCGCCGAGGGCGCCGCCUCGCCCGACAUCGGGCGGUCCCGUCACCGAGCCCCUCCGGCAACCGGCCGGGCCCAGGCGAGGCCGCACGCCCACCGUCAGUCCCCGGCACGCCGCCGGCACCGCUGCCGCCCGGCAGCCGAGGACAGGGCGCCGCCACCCAGGCCCGGGCCAUCUUCGGGGCUCUCGGGAGGCGGCCGGGGAAAAAGCCCGCGCGGGCUCGGCCCUUCGAGCCCCGGCCGCCAACCGCCCGCAACAAUGCCCACCGCCGCCGCCGGACGACGGGCGCCGGCUUAAGGCCGGCCCACCGAAAGGACGAGACGCCGCCGCCUCGCCGCCCUCGCAAUACCAUCGCCUUCGCCCGGGGCCCUCGGGGAGCCGGCAGCCGCCACCGGCUCGGGCUGGACGCUGCUGUCGGGCCCCCCGCGGGCCCCCCUCGGCCGUCCCAGUCCCGCACUCCCUCGGCUGCGCUUUCGCGCUCGGCUCUCGUCUUCCUCUCCCGUCAUCGGGCCCGCCCGAGGAAGCCGGUCGAGAGCCCCGCGGCUUUCUCGCGCCGGCCUUCCUGCCGCUCGUGGGGUCUACCCCGAAAAUGCCGACAGGCGCCUAAGUCCCGCCGGAGCCGGGUAGACCUGGUGGCCCUGCGCCGGGACGCCGCCGGGGCGGAGGCCGCCGGCGGCGGCCGCGGCGGCCGCAUCGGCCGGCUCCGGAACCGGGUCUACCCGCCGGGCUCGGACACCAGGUCUACCCGCCGGGCCCGGACACCAGGUCUACCCGCCGGGCCCGGACACCGGGUCUACCCGCCGGGCUCGGACAUCGGGUCUACCCGCCGGGCCCGGACACCGGGUCUGCCCGCCGGGCCCGGACACCAGGUCUACCCGCCGGGCUCGGACACCAGGUCUACCCGCCGGGCCCGGACACCAGGUCUACCCGCCGGGCUCGGACAACAGGUCUACCCGCCGGGCUCCGAGAGCAGCUGUACCCACCGGCACCCCCGCCGCCGAGCCCAGUCGGCCGCCGCCCUGCCACCUUCCUUAAGAGAGUCCCAGCUACUCCCCCUCUGGACCCGCGCCGCGGACAACGCCCUCUCUUUCCCACUCGGAGCCCCGGGCAGGAACGGCGGCGCCUCGGCACCCGCCGAGGGCCUCGGCUAA